UCUAUGAUUGUCAACAGAUGACAAACAGUGACAGACAAUGAUUCUUAUGAUUAUUGUUGGUGUUUUUUCAGUUUCAUUUUGAUAAAAUUUUUCUUGCCGAAAAUGGCUGGAGAACAAGACAGUAACGACAAAGUGCUAUCUAUAAUAGCAAAUAUAAAAAAUAAUUGUCAAAGUGAUGAAGACACUGAUGUAACAGAUACAAUACACAAAGGUGAUGAUAAUAUCGAAAUUCGUGGAAAACCUAAAUCAGGAAGAUUUUGGAAGUCUAAAAAAGAAAAAUUCUCAUCCAUAAAUAAAACAAAAGGUUUGCGACUUAACUUCCAAAAGAAGACUGCUUUACGAUUAGAAUUAAAACGGACAAAGGAAUUGUCAAGGCAACGACAAGAAGAGUUAAAACAAAAGGAAAUUGAACGAAAAGAACGUCGACGAGAGAACAUCAAGAAAACGGAAGAAAAUAAAAGAAAGUCUGAAAUUGUACAAGUAAUUACAAAUUCAACUAAAUUGAAGAGAAUGAAGAAAAAGCAACUGAGAUUUAUACAGAAAAGAGAUACUAAUAAAGAAAUAGAAGCUAAUAAAUAAUUGCAAUGAAAAUCUUUAUUGUUGUACCUAUAUAUUUUUCACCAAGUAUACCAAUUGUACUUGCUCCUUACAAAUAAGAAUUAUAUGUAUACUGAUGGGCCUCCUCA